AUGUCCACGGCAGGGAAGCCAAUCACGUGCCGCGCUGCGGUCUGCUGGGAGCCGAACCAGCCGCUGUCCAUCGAGGAGGUCGUGGUGGAGCCGCCGCAGAAGGGAGAGGUUCGAGUGAAACUCUUGUCCGCGUCCAUCUGCCAGACGGACUUCUGCUGCCUCAAGGGCUACACCAUCAAGGGAUUCUACGCCGGCGGCUGGCCCGUCAUCCCCGGCCACGAAGGGGUGGGCGUCGUCGAGAGUGUGGGGCCCGAGGUGACUUCCGUUCAGCCAGGUGACCAUGUGAUUCCAUCUUUCGGCGCGCAGUGCAACAAGUGUACGCUCUGCCAGUCGAGUCGGACCAACAUGUGCCUGCUAACAAACGACCGCGCCGUGCUCCCGGAGGGGACGACCCGCGUCAAAGCCAAGGGCCGGAUGCUGCACCAGCUGGCGAGCCUGGGGACCUUCGCCGAGUACAGCGUCAUGGCGGAGACGUCGCUCGCCAGGGUGAACAAGUCCGUGCCCACGGCCUCGCUGUCCGUGAUGGG